GAGGGAGAUGUGGCAGCAGCAUGGAAUUGUGUCCAAGAUUUGGCCUGCUGAGUCUGCCGAAAAGUCCUGCAGGAUGAAGGCUCUCUCUCUCCUCUUCCUCCCUGUCCUGGGGCUGCUGGUGCAUGGCAAGUCGCUGUGUCCCGUAGACGAAGCCAUCAAUGAAAAGAUCCAGGAUGCCACCAGCUCCCAAAUUCGUGAGGCAGUGAGAAACAUUGGUCUGAACUGCCAGAGUGUCACCUCCAGGGGGGCCCUGGCCUCCUGUCCCGCAGGCUUUGCUGUCACCGGCUGCACGUGUGGCUCCGCCUGUGGCUCGUGGGACGUGCGUGCCGAGACUACCUGCCACUGCCAGUGCGCAGGCAUGGACUGGACCGGAGCGCGCUGCUGUCGUUUGCAGCCCUAAGGUUGCUUGAGCCGGGCAAGGGCCCCGGGGUGCGUGGCCAGGCCUCUGAGGGAUGGGGCUGGAAAUAA